AUCAUUAAAUAAAUAGAAUGUUGACAAUUUAUCGACGAUUUUAAUAUAUCUAGAUAAAGACACAUUUUUAUCGUCGUUCAGCAGUCUCUUCAGCGUUUUCUUAACUUUACGUAUAACUUAGCUUAUUUAUUAUUUAAUUUUUUAAUAAUUUCAUAUCAUAGAAAUAAAUGUAACAUUUUCAGUUACAUAUGUAUAUUAUCAUAGUCUAAUUUUUACAAGUCUGUGACCGCUUGUAGGUAAAUACUAUAAGAUAUUCAACAUCAGCUGUAUCGUGGCGACUCAUGGCGGGGAAUUUUCCAUUUUGCAAAAAUUAUCACGCUUAUCGUUAUCCCAUCGUUAAUUUCAUGUUGUUACCCGCGGAUUUAUCGAAUUAUGUCGUAAUUUACCGCCAUCUUAAAAUUGAUCCUCGCACAAACAGUUCAAAUUCGUGAGUUGCUAUCAGAUCGCAAUUAUUACUAUCUUCGAGAUAUACAAAGUUCUAUCAUUUUGAAAAGAAAACGAUCAUUGCAAGCAAUAGAUUUCACGCAAGCGGUAUCGACAAAUGACAGAAGCUAUGCCAGCCUUAGAUCAGUCCAGAAUUAUAUCCAGCUUCUGGUAACAACGUGACCAAUUGCGAGACGAGCGACGUGAGUAAUCUGGUAUUUCGAUACAAUAGAAAGAAAAACACCAAGAAAAUUCGAAGUAAAUUUGACUAAAAGAUUUCUCUGGACCAGAACAGCAAUGAGGACAAUUUAUAGAAUGACAUAUGAUUAAAGCACGAAAUUCAUCAAAGGAAUGAGCAGCCCUCGAAAUCAAUUGAGUAUUUAUAUACGUAACUGCUCGCAUCACAAUCGCGGUGGGCGGCCAAAUGAGAUAGAAUUGAGGAUUGUGAGCACAGAUAUUUCUAGUACCACGGGCGAGGAUCGGAUGAGGGUGAUCGUAUCCGCCUGCGAAUCCUCUUCCUCUUGUUGCGAGUCUAAGACCGCCGCCGCCGACGUCCCGGACAUCGCAUCUACGUCUAGACGGAAGUGCCCGUGUCCGUCGCGGCCGUUAACUGCGAAUCGCUGCGGAUCUUUUCGCAGACGGGUGUCCUUCAGCGACGCCGCCGUCGUCGGGACCGCCACCGAUGAUUACUGUCGUCGCCCGGCGAUCAUGCAGGAUGACGAUCUAACGAGCAUGUGUCGCGAUAAUGAUGAGACCGAGAAUAAGGUAGAGCGAGAGGCGUUCUAUGAUAUUUGGAAGGCGGACGACUCGUCGACCGGCAGGAGCGAUGACGGAUACUCGGAGAACAUGCCGAGGAUCGAUAAUCACGCGGAGAAUUGUUGCGUAUCGGGUUCCACUUUCAAUAACAAAGGUCGGUAUUCGCAGUCGGAAAAUAUCUGCGAGCGGACUGUCGUAAACGAUGGACGCACGCGAGAAGAGUGGGUCGACAAUGGUGACGUCUGUCUGGCGGAUCGCAUUGCCGGAAGUAAGGCAAGAAAUAAUGAAGACGAUACCGCGUGGAACGAGAACCUAUCAAAUCUCACACACGAGGAUGUAGACUCGAUCGGUCGCGAUGAACAUCGAAUGCGAGGCGGUUGCAGCGGAUGCUGCUGUGGAACACGCGAGAACCUCCGAAGGAGUUCGCAGGAUUACGGUUGCUGCUGCGGAAGACUCAUGCCGGAGCCGAAUGAAUCAUGCGCAUCUACUCCGGACAGAGUCAAGACAGUGUGCGCUGUACCGUCGCAUUUCUGUUGUCGUUGUCCUCGAGUCUGCAGAAAGGCGACAAGAUGCGAGCCGCCUCCGUGCGUGACGAGUGUCCGAAGUUACGGCGGCUGCGGGAAAGUCACUCAGAUCUGCACACCAUCGCCGAGGAUCUGUAACUCGUCGGCUUAUUCCUCGCGCAGAAAAUCACCCUGCGCCCCACGUUGUCCAUCACAAUCUCCUUGUCCAAUCGGUAGCUGUAGAGGUUGCUGUAGUGGAUCCUACAACUGCGGAAGGUCGCGCAGUCCGAGAUGUCUGUCUAAUAUCGAUAGUGGAUGCUGUGGCAUCAAUGAAAGCGGAACAAAAUGCAAUGCCGAUGGAAUCUGCUGUCGACUGAGAUUGCCAUGUGAGUGCCUCGGUGGCGGCCUUGAUUGUCGGCGAUGCGGAAGAAAGGUCUACCAGGCUGAGAUGCAGAUUGCUUCCGGAGUACCGUACCAUAACAUCUGCUUCAGUUGCUUCUGUUGCCGAAAGCCGUUGGAACCACUGACUUAUCAAGAGAAUGGUGGCGAGAUCUAUUGCAAACAAUGUUACGUUCGUAAUUUCGGACCGCAAGGAUAUGGUUAUGGCAUGGGAGCUGGCGUGUUGCAGACUCCCUUAUAAGCCCAUUGAUUGCCUAAUAUCGGUUGUAUAUUCAUAUGUGAAAUACAUUCAAGUAUAGUUAUGACGGUUCUUUA